AUGUGUGCUACUGUCCAACAGACAACUGAAGUCGGCAUCAUCAUGGUCACCACCCUCUCUAGUUCGAUGGCAUCUGCCAUGAAUACCCCCACCUUCUUCAGUGCCCAGCCACCCUCCUACUUGGGAGAUGUUGCCCACCAGCAUGAGCUCCCCCUCUGGUGGCUGCAUUAUGAACUUCAAGUUGGAGCUCACUUGUGCCUUGGUCUUUCAGUGAUUCUAAUAGGUUAUGAGCCCUGCGCUUUAAGGAAUGCUGAACUAGUCUGUAUGACUAUGGUUCGCUCCCUGGGCGAGGAAUACAACCAUUUUGCGUCCUCCCUCAUGCUACUCAAGUCCUUGGACAAGGAGGAGCUCAAGUCAGCCUUCCUAGCAGAGGAAUUGCAGCGCAAGUUUCAUCCUGAAGGCCCUACUGGCGACUCAGCCCUAUUCACAUCCUCAGGAGAAUGUAGAUGUGGGACUAACAUUACCUGCUACUUCUGUGAGAAGGCUGGCCAUUGCACUCACAAGUGUAACGCUCUGAAGCGUGCCAAAGACAAUGCAAAGUCUGGCAAUGGUCAAGGACCGCUCAAAAUGCCCAGAACGUCACAGAGUUCGCUGGAAAUGCAAGUCUUCGCUCUUUUGACCCUUCCCAUCCCCUAUGUCCUCUCCAAGUCAAUGCGAAGGCUGACUGGAAUGCAGACACAGGUGCCACUUCUCAUAUGA